GUUUCUCUUUUGGCCAUUGCUGCUCUGGCUGCUGCUGAGCCUUUGCUCUUCGAGCCAGAUCCCUUCGCCAGUCCACAGCUGCGGGGAGGGGCGGACCCUUUUGGUGACACUGUGGAGGAAGAGCAUGGAAUGAGCGAAAAGUGGCUGAGGGACAUUAGCACCCGGACCAAGAAUCACUUCAAGAAGCUGCUGCAACCACUGCAGACGCCCAUUGUACAGGAGUACCAGGUCCUUACCAUCCUCGACGGAUAUGUCAACUACACCAUGGAGCUGGUCUCAAAUGCCACUGGCCAUGAAGUCAUCUGGAACCGGACUGGUCGUUUUCUUGCCGAGGAGUCCAGGUCCUUGAGACCUAGCAAGCAGGAGCUCCCGCCGCGUGCGCGGUACAUCAACAGGAUCCUGAUCUACUUGAACAAGGAGAUGGAUGCAGUGUGGAACUACAAGACCAUGGUUGACCGCAAGCGCUGGGGCGUUGGCAACGUCAUCACCUCCUCGCCGUACGGCCCACACGGAGAGCAUCCGGAGCGUUGGCGAGCAAAUGGCUCCUUCCCGCUUCCCACCGCGGCCCCGAACAGCACCAUCCUGCUUCAGGACGAGAAGACAAAUUUGGUGUUGCGCAUCAAGCCGGAUGUUGAAGAGUACGACAACAAGUAUGCGCAGCAACUUCAAUCAGACUACGAGUCCCUGGUCCGGAACAUCAACGACGCAAGCCAGAAAAUAAGUGACCUGCGUACCCGGCUCUGGAGGAUGGAGGAUUUUGCCAAGCAGUUCAUUGCGCUGCCCUCCGGUGUGUGGAACAAGAUUGAUGCGAACUGA